AUGACACAGAAAGACGUUUCUAUUGAACUCUUAGAGUUCAUUCGUCAAGAAACAUUCAAUGAAAAGAAAGCAGAAUUUGUUCAUGAAUGUUUUAAUGAAUUUAUUGAAAAAGAAAGAAUUAUUGAAUUAGUUAAUGAAAUGGAUGAAAUUUAUCAAAUGAUAGAAGUUGCUGUAUUAGCAUGGAAUGUUUGUGACCAAAUUAAGAAAAGAAAGAAUGGAAUAUUAGCAUUAAGAGAACCAGUAUUUGAAUGGGUUGAAAGUGUAAUGGAGAAAUUAAAAAUUACAAAUCGGGCUUCAGUAAUAGAAAGAAUAGGAUAUUCUGUUUCAUUAGGAAGAUUAAAUUAUAUGAAACGACAUUCAGAAUUAAAAACAAUGAGAGAUUUAAUAAGAAUAGCUGAUAUUCAAACAGAACCUCUUAAAGUAAGUUAUGAUGAUAUUAAUAAAAAAAUAGUUGAUUGUUUUAAUGAAAUUACUUGGUUCUAUCAAGAAACUGAUUCUAUUGAAAGAAAAAUAUUAAUGAAAAUAAUGUUAGAACAAUGUCCUUUAUGUUGGAUAGAUUCUGUUGAAAAAGAUAAUUUAAAAGAAGUAGUUUCAUUUCUUGUUAUGGUAUGGACAAAAGUUAAACCUCCAAUGGAAAAUGAUAUUGGAGAAGCAUUAUUUAAUUUAUCUGAAUCAAUUACUGAUGAUUUUGAUGAACAAACAAAAAUUACUGGUAUUGUAUUAAAUUUUAUUCAAACUAAUAAUAUUAUUUGUAAAAUUGUAUCGAAUAAACAAUAUGCUGUUGGACUUUUAAAAGAAGCAUUAGAAUUAUUACGUAAUCAAAAGAAACAUCAAUAA